AUGCUGUCCCACCGUGCAUUUGGAUUUGAUUACCGAGCUUUCAUCGCAGCAUACCAAUCCAUAUCAGAUAUAAUAUCACCGUUGCUCAGGGGCACGGUCUUCCUUCGCCGUCACCGUGAGCAACGCGUUCUAGACGUUCGGGAGAUCGUCUCCUUGUGUGCGGGGUGUUGUUUAGCGCUCUUCGAUCCCGCUGUCGUGAUUAUUUCAAGAUGGCAGACGUUCCAUUACGGUGGUAGAUUAUGCGUCGACUUGGAACCGAGCAACGAUUCGCAGCUUGUUUCUAAGAAACUGGACGGACCCAAGUUUCACAGGAAUGACAUUGGCCACUCGAGUCAUGAGUUCGAUGAUGCAGGCAAGAUUGUGAUCCAAAAGAUAGUGCGGGCGAUUGACCAUCACCAGCUUGUCGCAGUGAUCUUUAACGCUACGCUGCUGGUCUACGACGUGAUCGUCAAUCUCCCGGUCGAGAUUGAGCAUAUCUGGAUGAGAAAAUGGUCUCCCCUCACCGUUCUUUACAUUCUCCAACGUUAUCUGCCAUUUUUCGAUGUUACGGGGUUGGCCUUUCACCAUAACUUCGGAGCAAAUUUAAGCCCUCGUUAUUGCACCUUGAACUACAAAAUUACUGGAUGGUCCUUCGUUGGCGGCGUCAUGCUGUCUGAAAUCGUUCUGACUCUCCGUCUCUGGGCAGUCUGGGAGAGGAGUAUCCCAGUGGGCAUCGGACUUCUUCUAUUCUUCCUCGCCUGUUGGGUGCCAUGUUUUGUUGUGUUAACACGAUUCCUGAACGCCAUGGAAUUCGCAACUCUUCCGUUCCCUGAUAUUCGUGGAUGUUUCAUAGCCGGUGGAAGCGAUAUUCUAUAUUUGUGCUGGGUGUUAUUGAUGGUGUAUGAAACCGGUACAUUGGUGAUGAUUCUCAUUCCCGGAGUCGCAGCGUAUCAGAGGGGUGGAAGAUCGGAACUUGUGCGAGCUGUAUAUCAGGAUGGCGUUAUUUACUAUGCCUUCAUACUCUUAAUCUCGACGAUUAAUGUGAUCGUCAUCCAUAUUGUUCCGGCCGACCUUAUCCAUCUUUUAUCUUCGUUCGAACGUGUAUUACAUUCCCUCCUGACCAGUCGCGCAGUCCUUCAUAUUCGUCAAAUAGCCUUGCAACAUGCCACUACUACCCAGACGAUGUCGAAUAUUCAAUUCACAACACGAGAUGAACACGGGACUCUUUCUUCCUUCGUAUCCGAACAGACUUUCAGAACGGUUCAAGCCGUCGAAGGCGGAGUAAAUUCAAUUCCGGUAGAAUAA